UUAGAGGGCGUGGACCGGUUGUGUUUACACUCAACAGCUGUCGGGAUAUAUGCACACCUCGAUACUCUCCACACUAGCAUAUAUAUAACCCAUUAUAAUUAUGUAUCGAGCUCAUUCGCAGCCUUUGAUUACUAGGGCGUAUUCAUGUCUAAAUGAACCUGUAAAUUAGUCGGGUUUUUUUUUUAUUUUAGUGUGUGGUCGAGUACAGUUGACUGAGUUGUAAAUUUGCAUCGACAUCAGGAUAUAAAAGACCGUUCCUGAAUCACAGCUGUGUAACAUAGUCGCUCAAGGGGAAUCUGAUACUAAGCUGUGUAUGGAUUGAACCAGUAAUAUGCAGACACUUCUGUGAAAUCGUCCAGUUGGAAAUUACAAUGGAGGUAGGCUACGGAUCACUUGAAGAACCAGUGCCGACUUCUCCACAACAACCACAGAAAGCGUGAGGAUGAUGACUGAGAGUGAUCAAGAAGACGAAACUCUGUUUGAUCUUCUGGCUUCUGGGGAAGAUCAGAAGCUCCUUAAAAAUGGCAACAAUGUUGAGAAGACCAGCGGAAAGGCUUGGGGUCGUGUCAAGAAUAUUCUGACUCGGAGGGCUCGCUACCCACCCAGCAUAUUCUUUAUUCUGGGCACAGAGUUCUGCGAGAGAUUCUGCUAUUAUGGUUUGAGAACCAUCCUGGUCCUGUAUCUGACCAACUGGCUACGGUUCAGCCCCGACAGCGCCACAGCCAUCUACCAUGGCUCCAGCAUGCUCGCCUACUUCUCCCCAAUCCUCGGCGCCGUCAUCGCUGAUGGCUACAUCGGGAGAUACAGGACCAUCCUGUACCUGUCUGUGGUGUACUGCAUCGGGAACCUCAUCCUGGCGCUGACAGCGCUACCACCCAGAGAAAAGAUCGGCCCGCUGAUUGGUCUGUUUGUGAUAGGCCUUGGGACUGGGGGCAUCAAACCAUGCGUGUCUGCGUUCGGGGGAGACCAGUUCCACGCCUCACAGGAGAAAGAAAGGACAACAUUCUUCUCUGUAUUUUACUUCAUGAUCAACGUAGGCAGCGUCCUGUCAACAUUCUUCACGCCUAUGUUACGAGCUGAUGUGCACUGUAUAGAAGACACAUGCUACCCUCUUGCCUUCGGUGUUCCUGCACUGCUCAUGUUCCUGGCCAUCAUUAUUUUUAUUGCUGGGACAAAACUGUAUAAAAGAAAUCCACCCUCAGGGAAUAUUCUUGGAAAGGUUUUACGAUGCAUAUGGCACGGACUACGGAGGUCGUGUCAGACAAGGGGCGAGGUGCGUGAAGAUAAGACCCACUGGCUGGACCGCGCAGAAGAUAAGUUUGAGGAGAGUUUUGUAGAAGAUGUGAAGAUUUUGCUGAAAGUAUUAUGGCUGUUCCUGCCCCUGCCAUUGUUCUGGGCAUUGUUUGAUCAGCAGGGCUCCAGAUGGACGCUCCAGGCAGAAGAAAUGGAUGGGUCAAUGGGAAGCCUUGGGCGAUUGAAACCAGACCAGUUUCAGGUGUUGAACCCACUGCUGAUCAUCGUCCUCAUCCCAGUAUUUGAACACAUCAUCUAUCCCCUGCUAGACUGCUGUAGACUGCCACACAGGCCUCUGCAGCGGAUGGUUGUGGGUAUGAGCUUCGGUGUUCUAGCAUUCAUAGUCGCAGGACUUGUACAGAUUAAACUAGAUGCCGGCAAGGAGGCACCCCUAGCCACGGGAGAAUCUGGCAUCACAGUCAUCAACACAAUCAAGUGCAAUAUCUCACUUACCUCCCCUUUCUAUACUGGCAACAUCAGCACCCACCAGUAUGCAGGUAUGUACCGACAUCAGAGCGGCAGCAUGUCGGUGUCUGCCGCCUGUGAGCAGGACAAGACAAGCUCCGUGACGGACACCUUCCUGUUUGAUGCAGCCACACCAUACCGCAUUGUCAUCAUGACGGAUUCUCAAGGUCACAUGACCUUGAAGCAGUUCCUAGACAAAAGGACAAAACCCAGUAAUGGACAGGCCGAUGUCAGUGUUGUCAGCAACCUGCCAUAUACCAACAGUUCCCAAAGAGUCAGACUGGUGCCAAUGAAAGAGAAGGAGGUGGCAGGGACGCCUGUCUACCUCAACAUCAGCCGAGACAACGCUACUGCGUACACUAGCAUGGAGCCAGCAGUGUACAAGGUGUCCCUCCCGCUACAGACCCCAGGGGACACAUGGAAGGACCAGGCAGGCUUGGUGACAGUGCUGUCCGGGGCCACAUACACCCUGGCCCUUGUCAACAAAAACUCUGCCGCGGACUUUAACGAUGAGGCGGAUGUGACAGUGUACCAGGGUCUGGCUGAAAAUCAGGUGUCCAUGUUCCUGCUAGUUCCACAGUAUGUCAUCAUCACGAUCGGGGAGGUCCUCUUCUCCGUCACUGGCCUGUCCUUUGCAUAUUCUCAGGCUCCCAAUGGCCUGAAGUCGGUGGUGCAGGCUGCAUGGUUGCUGACAACAGCGGUGGGGGAUCUGGUCGUCGUCAUUGUUGCCGAGGUGCAGCUGCUGCCCAGCCAGACUGCAGAAUUCUUCCUGUUUGCUGCUCUCAUGGGUGUUGCCACAAUCAUCUUCUCCAUCAUGACGCUGUUCUAUAAAUACCUGUAUGUCACAUCAUCAGCCAGUGGGAGUGACACUGACGAGGCCGGACUGGUGGAUGAGGACAAGGAGGAGAUACCGCUCAAAGAUAAGGAUGGCAAACAAGCAUAAGUUACAUCACUGGAAGAUAAGGACAAUUGCAAAAAUACGGAUACAUUUGAUAAGGAUAACAAACAUGUCCUAAGGGAUAUAACACUCAAUGAUAGGGAUUGAACAAUGUUAUAACAAAUAUGGAUAUAUCACUGGAAGAUAAGGAUAACAAACAAGUAUGUUAUAAUGGAUAUAACUCACAAAGAUAGGUGGUGUAACCUUGUUACCAUGGUUACAGGAACAUGGACAUCUUGUUUUAAAAUUAGCAUGGGAGCAUUAGAUUGAUGUUAGAGGAAAUAGAAUCUUGUCUUCUGGAAGAAACUAUUCAAAAUACCGUUCUAACUCUCCUAAUUAUACUGGCGUUCAUGGAAAGCCACUCUCAAAGCAUAUAUGAAAACUACAAAGGUUGCCUGAUGCUUUGUUUUUUUCAUGUGGACAUUUUUUCCAUUCACAAUGACAAGGCCACACUUGAUCAUAUAACGGGUCACAGAUUUUUGGAGUAGGUUAACUUUGAAACUGUACUUUGCAUUAAAUAUCAAAAUAUAUAUUUUGGGGGCAUUUUUUUAUUUUAUUUAUUUUUAUUUUUUAUAGUUUUUGGGGAGACCAUAGAUGCUAUAUCUGUGAAGGAAAUAGGACAUUUGGCAUCAGUUUAAUGUUACAAGUAUUAAUUUCUAUUCUCUUCAUUAGAAGGUUUGCUGUGACUGUCUACUUUUCUAUGCAUUUUACCAUUUUCGUCAGAACUUUGUAUUUGUAGUUCUAUUUUUCCUAAUUCAGCAAAAAGAGCGCAUCCUGGCAAAUGAAAAAUAAUUUGAAUUAUGAGGUCAAAUUAUUCAUAAACUUAAGUGUGGCCUAAAUGUACUGUCAGUUGUGUUGUACAUCUAGAUGCCUGCAGUAAUUAUAUGCAAGUUCUGUACGGGUGUGGGGAUCAGAGUUGAUGACUUGUAGGAACAGGGGAACAGCUUGGUGUUGUAGGAAUCUAGGAGGGGCGAGGGAUGUGGCGGUGGCCGGUGGGCGGAAGUCCCGUGGGUGGAAGUCCGGUGUGUACACUGCCCAUUCUGAGUUUGUUUGUUUGUUUGUUUGUUUGUUUGUUUGAUGUUUAACGCCGCAACCAGCAAUAUUCAAGCUAUAUGACAGCGGUCUAUAAAUAAUCGAGUUUGGACCAGACAUUCCAGUGAAUGACAUCAUGAGCAUCAAUCUACGCAAGUGUAUAUUAAUUAGUUAAUUUAGUUAGAGUCAAAUCAAAAUAUUUUCCUCUCGAUGGAUUAACUAAGACUUUUAGUAUAGUGUUCACUGAUGUUGACUGAGUACAAAACAGCUGGAUUUAUUUCUGUUGCAAUUUGUUUAGGGUCAAACUCUAUUUCUCCUGGCCUAUUGCUGGAAUAUCGCAGUGUAAAACGCACUCACUCACUCACUGACUCUUCAAUCAAGUGGGCAGUGAUUGUAAGUACCUGAGAUUAGUUGGGUUGAUCCUGUUUAUCCAUGGUUGCAAUGCCACACGUGUAUCAGAGUGGACAUAUGGAUGCUGAUGUACAUGGCUUGAGAUUAUGGUUGUGAAUGUUUUGUUCCAGAUAUUUGUAGUAUUAUGUGAAUGUGUUUACACUGAGUUCAUGCCUGAAUCAUGUUGUAUGUACGUAUAUUCUGAAUGAUCUCAUUUGAUAGAUUGUUGACCAGUCUUAUUAAAACAGAUCUUAGUUCUUGCUACCGCUCAACAAAGGCCUGAGGAUAUUACAGGUCAUUUCUUUGACCCACCAAUGAAAUGACUAACAAGAAGUUGACAUUAGCCAAUAAGAAAGCAGUUUUCUCGAGCUUUACAGCAAGUUUCAAACUGGCACUUGCAUGCUACACAACGCUUUGAACAAUUUUUUGACAGAGUUUUCGAUUCAAAAGAUUAAAACUUAACAAAGGAACAUUCUGGAAUGUUUAAUAGAUGGCCUAGAUUGUAUGGCAGUACUUCCCACGGACUAUACAAAGUCUCUUCCAUGCCAAUGUUUAUCCCACUGAAGAGAGAGACAAAUGAUGUUUUGACGGAAUCAGUCGUACAAUCCACAACUGUCGUUAGGAAUACACCGUGUUAACCUUUUCGAGGUUGCAUGAUUAACACAUUCUGACCGCCCCUUUCCUGAUGUGAUAAGCAAUCUUUGUUUAGCAGUAGAAAGAACCAAGAUCUGAAUUGAAUAAGAUUGGAUUGUUCACAGAUAUAGUCACUAAGAAUGAAGCCUGUUUAACUGGUACAGAGAAAAACAUGGUGUGAUAUUUAAUGACAUCUAUACAUUAAUAUUCUUUUUAUCAACUUUGUUUUAUAGGUAGUUUAAAUGGCAUAGUUAUACACAUUCAAUAAGCAUAAUAUUGUAUAAAUAUAUUAUAUUUGUAAAUAGGAAAGAUUUGAUAGAAAUCUAUCUAUGGUAUUGGAGCAGUACGGUGGCCAGGUUGAGUGUACACUCAUCACACUGAAAGUCUGGGUUUGAUUCUCCACAUAUAAUGCCCUCUCCUUCACUGCCUGGAAUCUCACUGGGAGCCUUGCUAACUCCUCUUUUGUGCCUGUAAGCAUGACGUUUACAGCAUAGCCUUUUUAUACUGUUCUGUAAGGAUGCCAGACUCUUCACUUGUUUCCGGGGGCAUUGGUGGCCCAGUCGUCUAAGGUGCCG